AUGCGAUUGAAAGCUGGAAAGAAGGAAAAGAAAGUGAAGUUUAUUGAUUCUACAAAUGAGAUAAUAAAGCACAUGAAUACGUCUGAGAAUGGAAAGCGAUCAAGGCUCAGACUGAAUGCACAGCAAGCAAGUAUUCUGGAGCAAAGCUUCAAGAAUGGUAGUCACCCAAGUAAUAAAGUCAAAGCAGAGCUGGCGAUGGUUUUAUGUAUUCCUUUGAAGAAUGUGCAGAUUUGGUUCCAAAACAGACGAGCGAAGGAGAAAAUUGGAGUAGGAGCAAUGAAAGUAGUAGAUGGAGAGGAAACAGAGAUGAUGAGAUUUGAUGAGAGGGCAGAAUACCAGACUACGUGCUCAAUUGAUUUUCCUGUUGAUGAGAAGUAUUUUUCUGAGUACUAUUAA